AUGACUUCCACUGAGGUGCCUCAGGGCCUGGGGCAGUGCAGGACUGCUAUAAAAGGCACACCAAGUCCCUACACUCUCAUCCACUUCUCUCUCUCACCUCUUCCUCCUCUUCCUCAGGAAACAGACAUGUCCUGCCCUGAGAAGUGCCAGCAGUGCCAGCCCUGCAACCCUUGCUGCCAGCCCUGCGGCCCCUGCCCGCUGGCCAACAGCUGCAAUGAGUGCUGUGUCAGGCAGUGUCAGAGCUCCACCGUCGUCAUUGAGCCGCCCACUGUGCUGGUGACCCUGCCUGGCCCCAUCCUCAGCUCCUUCCCACAGAACACCGUGGUGGGAUCCUCCACCUCCGCGGCCGUUGGCAGCAUCCUCAGCUGUGACGGAGUGCCCAUCAGCUCCGGGGGCUUUGACAUCUCCUGCAUCACCCGUGGUUAUGGUGAAAGAUGUUGUCGUCCCUGCUAA